AGCGUCCGCUUCCCUGCUCCUCAUCUCCACAAUGGGGAAGGUGAGCGGCAGCAGAUUGUUGUGAUUAAACACAUCUGAGUUUGAACUCAGCUACGACGGAGGUCGACCUGAGAGGAGAGCACCCGGCGGCUGAUGCGAGAUGGAGAAUGACAGCGUCCUCCGGUCUCGCUGCCGAGCCGUUCCCAAGAUCCCCACCUUCCCUGAUUUGGAUAACUCUUUGGAUGAGGGGUGUAACCGAGAAGAACAUGAGCAAGGCAACGGAGACAACCACGUUACUGCUAAUGGAAAAAUUGAAGUGGAACAUGUGAUCAGCAAAAAGCUGCAGCUGAAAAGAAAAGCAGAGUACCUGAAGAGUGACCUGAUGCGUCAGUUUGACAGUCAGGUUAAUGACUUCAUGGACAGUCUCAUUGAGGAGUCGGCCAGCUUGGAGCCUGCACCUGUACCUGCCGUUUUCUCACCUCCGCUGUCAGACAAGGAGAGGAGCAAACUCAGGCAUUUUCGGCCUCCUCAUGGCCAGGGCAAGCACUUCGUGAGUCGCAGGUCCCUCCUAGAUGAGCUGUUUGAGGUGAACCACAUCCGGACUAUCUACCACAUGUUUAUCGCCCUGCUCAUUCUCUUUAUCCUCAGUACACUGGUGGUAGAUUUCAUUGAUGAAGGCAGACUGGUGCUAGACUUUGACCUGCUGGUCUAUGCAUUUGGACAGUUCCCUCUGGUGGUGUGCACAUGGAUCUGCAUGUUCCUGUCUGCUUUGCUGGUUCCCUACACCCUGUUCCAGCUGUGGUCACAGACUCAGUCUGGGUCUUCUCGUCACCCAAGGUUGCACAGUUUGCUGUUCGGCUCUGUAUUCCUGCUCUACCAAGCUCUGGGUCUGGGAUUCCUGCCUACAUAUGUGGUGGUGACCAACAGUUUGCCACCUGCAUCCUGCUUCAUCAUUAUCUUAGAACAGGUGCGUCUAAUGAUGAAAGCCCACUCCUUUGUCAGGGAGAAUGUGCCAAGAAUCCUGACCUGGGCUAAAGACAAGAGCAGCCCCAGCCCAGUGGUCCCUCAGGUCUCUCAGUAUCUCUACUUUCUGUUUGCACCCACACUCAUCUACAGAGACAAGUACCCCAGGAAUCCAGUGAUCAGAUGGGGCUACGUAGCCACAAAGUUACUUCAGGUACUAGGCAGUCUGUUUUAUGCCUAUUACGUGUUCGUGCGGCUGUGCAUCCCUCAGUUCCGCAGCAUCAGUCUGCAGAUUUUUGACCCGAGGGCCAUGGUCCUUUGUGUCUUUAACUCCAUCUUGCCAGGAGUGUUGGUUCUCUUCCUGGCAUUCUUUGCCUUCCUCCACUGUUGGCUUAAUGCUUUUGCUGAGAUGCUCCGCUUUGCUGACAGGAUGUUUUACAAGGAUUGGUGGAAUUCAACCUCUUUUGCCAAUUACUAUCGCACCUGGAACGUAGUGGUCCACGACUGGCUGUACUACUAUGUGUACCGGGACUUCCUGUGGAUCUCUCAGAAGCGUUUCAGACCAGCCGCCAUGCUGUUUGUUUUUACGGUGUCCGCAGUGGUCCACGAGUACAUUCUUGCAAUCUGUUUUGGUUUCUUCUACCCCGUGCUCUUCUGCCUCUUCAUGUGUUUUGGAAUGAUGUUCAACUUCAUUUUACAUGACCAAAGGAAAGGACCUAUCUGGAACAUUAUCAUGUGGACAGCUCUGUUCCUGGGUCAGGGAGUCAUUAUCUGUCUGUACUCCCAAGAGUGGUAUGCCCAGCUCUACUGCCCCCUGAAGGAGCCUUCGUUCUUUGAGUUACUGAAGCCUCGCUCCUGGAGCUGUCAGAAAGGCCUGAUGGCGGACUCUAAUAGGCUCUGAUUUAUGUUUGGACUACUGCAGAGGACCUUCACUGAUCACUUUAAGUUUGACCAGCCUUUCUGUUACUGUCAUAACUUCUGGUCUUUCGUGUUUGUUUUAUUUUGUUGCACUGAGGUCUACCAAAAUGUUCUUUACUCUAACGGCAAAGUCAGAGUGUUGCCUUAUUUGCCCAUUUUAUGUUUUCAAAAAGAAAAUUCACAUAAAACUAAAUGUGAACUCUUUUAGUUUUUAUGUAUUACUAAUUUUUCGUUUGUAAUCCAGUUAUGCUUGGCUUGAUCAACUGUGAAACCACUUCUUGUGCCAAUAUGAUGGCAGCUGAAUACAAACGGUCACACUAUUCAAGCAUCAUUUGCAUAUGCAGUAAUAGUUAAUAUUUAACAAAGGUUGCAAUUACUCCUCUUGUAUAAAUACCAUUCAGUGUGUUGUUUGGAAAGACAUUCACUGCCAAUAACAUUUAUUUUGUAAAAUGGCCACUUUUUGGGGUUUUGUAUAAAUCUAUGACAAACUGUGGCGUCCUUAUCAUAACUUCAAGACUGCAGUCAACUUCCCUAAAGAGGAAUAUGAAUGUGGCAUUUGACACGCUGAUAGAGUUGGGACAUUAAUUUAUAGUAAAUUUGCAACUGUGUAAUGAAGAACAUAGACAGGUUGUAGUACAUAUAAACUGAUCCCAAAUUUAAUACUAACUUCUCUUUAUCUCAAACAAACAAAUCAGAGGUGACAGUUCUGCUGUAUGGAGUUAAUAUAUUUUGUGACUGCUGAAUGUAUUCUUGAUGAUUUGAAUACUUUCAGUUGAAUUGCUUUGCACACAUGUUUGUUAUAGAGUGUAAAUUAUGUUUUAUUUUGAGCAUUGUUGACCGUUAUGUGAAGGUGAAAUCACUAAAGAAUAACCAACUGUAACUGUUGCAGCUGGCUGCCAGAACGUUGUAACAUUUAAAGAGUGAUGAUACUCAAAUAGCACUAAGGGCUACGGUUUGCUUUGUCAGAUUCUGACUACAUUACAUGAGACGGUGUUUGUUUAAAUCAUACAUUUUACUGAACUGUAAAUUCCACGCCAAACUAAUGGAAUAAGGAAUAUAUGCUCUCUGUGCUUUUAGUUCAUGUGGUCUUGAAAUAACGUGUGCACACAUUUGUUGUGUUUCGAGGAAUUCACAAAGUUAUUGCACAGUUAAUGGUGCCAAUUCUGACGUAUUUCAAUGCAGGGAGAGACCAUGUGAAUAAUGAGAUGCACAAUGUAAAGUAAAGAAAACCAGCAAUGGAAAUCUCUGCACUUUCCAAAAAACUUUAUGACCACAAGGUGGCACUGUAUUAAAAGCUUUUACUUUUGAUCUUUCCUCUGCUCAAUUUGACUGUGGAUUGUGAUCAGGAGCAAGAGAGGCUUCCCUAGAGUCCCUUACCAGUUUUAUAUGAACCAAUACAAGUACCAGCAACUUAUUUUUGUAAUAUGUACAGAUAAUAGCAGACUUAUUGGAAUACCCUGUGGUACUUAAUACUGAGAAACUUCUGAGAACUCCACAUUUGGCUGAAGCUUUAAUCUCGCUUUAUGCCUUUGAGAUUUUGUUAAUAAGGAUAAUAUUUAUGGUAGUGAAAAGAGCCAAGUUAUAGAAAGGCUGUUUAUUUAGAUAAGAUAAUUAUUUUUGGGAGCAGAGCAUUGUCUGCUUACUUACUGUCAUAUUUGUGCUGAUUGUGAUCUCUGAUCUCUGAUUUUUUUUUCUGGCCUUGGAUAGCUCAUUGUGUCAGGUGACAAUUUUAUGAAUCAGUAUGUUGUUCUAUUUUUGGAUGUAGACACAACUAUUAAGAAUUAAAAAUGAAGUAUGACCUC